AUGUGGCGUAUCCAACGUAACAUGAAAAUGCCAAUUGUUAAACUACCAAACAUUACAGGAUGGAAUACAGAAGAAGAAACUAUAGAUAAGCUUAUCGACACAGCCAUAGUAAAAGAGGCCAAGAUCGCCAAAGAAGAUGAGGGGACGGAAAAGAUGACUCCAUUUCUACCACUUGAUCUAACACCGAAAAAUGAAAUCCAACUUGCGCUGAGCAAAUUCAAAAAUAAAAAGGCCCCAGGCCCAGACGGAAUCAAAGCAGACGCCCUCAAACUUGGGGGAGAAGUAUUUUCCGAGGCAUUCGUGCCCCUUGCUAAUUUUGUUUUGUCCACAGGCUACUUUCCUAAGCGAUGGAAAACUGGCGUGUGCAUAUUCCUGCACAAGACCGGCAAAGAUCACCAUGCACUAGCUGCGGAAGACAGCGUCUCCAUGAUAUCUACAGACCUAUCGAAAGCCUUUGAUUCGAUCAACCACAAAGGCCUGAUCAAAAAACUUCAGGAUAAAGACGUUCCUAACAAUGUCAUCAAAAUAAUUGAGAACUACUUAGAAGGAAGAAACCUGAGGGGUAGAUUCAGAACUACUAAUACCAGAGACAAACCGAUACCUCACGGCGUGCCCCAAGGCUCGAUCCUAGGGCCGGUAAUCUUCAACAUGUAUGUUCAUGACAUCUGGGAUAUAAAAGACAACAUCAGAGGACUUAAGCUCUCACAGUACGCGGAUGAUCUCUGUAUUCUCAACAGAGCCUCGAAUCCAGAUCAUGCGACUAUGCGCGCCGAAUGGGCGGCUGAAAUAAUCAUUGACUACUACACGAGAUGGGGGCUUAAGUAUCAGAUGAAAAUGAACCAGCACACCGAAAAGGUCAUCAAAAAACUAAAACAAGUCAGAGGAGCCCUCGGCCCAAUAAUAGGAUACAAUGCGAAGACCGAACUAGACACGAAACUGGCCAUCAUACAGGCCUGUAUCUUACCGCUGAUGGACUACGGAGUAGUGCAACUUCUCUCUAGGUAUAGCGCAACAAACCUAAGUAAAAUUGAACGCCAAUACAGAAUGGCGCUGAAAACGGCUGCACAACUACCAAGACGAACACCCACGGAAGCGAUCUGGGAGAUGGCUGAUAUAGAAGCCUGGCAUCUACGCGCAGAGGACCUUAAUACCAAGAUGCUGGAAACCAUCGCAAAAUUACAAAUAGAAGAUCUUGAAUUUCCUGGUGACGCCUACCAAGCGAAAGACGAAUUCAACCCCCUUACGGUUAAUCACAGAAUAGGCGAAAUAUUGUAUGACCCUAAUAAAAAAGGUCACAGACGGUGGCCUGCUGAUAAAACAAAGGCUCCGCGUCCACUUAAAAUAAAA